UAAAAAUGGCCGCCGUUGAGCAUGGAGAGGAGAGACUCGCCGGCUGCGCUGCUGAGGAAGAACCUGACAACCGGAGCCACAAAGAGCGUCGCCAUGACGACCUGCCGACAGGAAGCUCAGAAGGCGACGAUUCUCAGAAGGGGGCGGAGCCAAAGGUCCAGGUGUCUGAGCCGGAGGCGGGGCCGUCUGAGUCCCAGUCCGGGGCGAGCCGGUCCGCAGACCCCCGGCCGCGGCGCUCCGUGAUGCGGGACAGGGGGCCGCUGUACGAGGACCCCUCGCUGCCGGCCGGCUGGACCCGCAAACUCAAGCAGAGGAAGUCCGGCCGCUCGGCCGGGAAGUACGACGUCUACCUCAUCAAUUCGGAGGGCAAGGCGUUCCGCUCCAAGGUGGAGCUGAUGGCGUACUUCCAGAGAGUGGGGGACGUCACUAGCGACCCCAACGACUUCGAUUUCACCGUCACAGGGAGGGGCAGCCCAUCCCGCCGUGAGAAACGCCCCCCGACCAAGACGCCCCGGGCCGCCAAACCCUCCCCCCGUCGCCGUGGACGACCCAAAGGGAGCGGGAAGGCACGGCGCUCAACAGAGGGCGUGGCCAUGAAGAGAGUUGUGGAGAAAACUCCAGGGACGCUCCUCGUCAAGAGGCCUUCUGACAAGACCGAGUCAAUGGCCAGCACCAGUACUUCAGCCUUAAUGGUGGUCACCAAGUCGCGUCCGGGAAGGAAGAGGAAGUCAGACCAGGAAGUGGCGCCUCCCCAGACGGCCCCGAAGAAGCGAGGCAGAAAGCCAGCCUCGGCCAGUGCGUCAACAUCAGCGUUACCCGCGGCAACCACUGGACCCGGGGCCUCUUCAGCAGGAAACUUUGCAGCGGCCAUAUUGGCUGCAGAGGCCAAGCGAAGGGCUGCCAAAGAGAGCGCGGCCAGAGCCGUCGUCCAGGAGACGGCUCUGCCAAUCAAGAAGCGCAAAACCAGAGAGACCAUGGAGGACUUUGAGAAGGUGGCAGCGCCUGUUGCUACGACGACACUUAGCGGCUUGGGCCAUGGUGCUGCCCCAAGCACCUCAAAGCCACUCCCUGUCGGCCGGUCAGAGCCACUUCCUGUCGGCCGGUCAGAGCAGCUUCCUGUCGGUCGGUCACAGCCGCUUCCUGUCGGUCGGUCAGAGCCGCUUCCUGUCGGUCGGUCAGAGCAGCUUCCUAUCGGCCGGUCACAGCCACUUCCUGUUGGCCGGUCACAGCCGCUUCCUGUCGGCCGAUCAGAGCAGCUUCCUGUCGGCCGGUCAGAGCAGCUUCCUGUCGGCCGGUCAGAGCAGCUUCCUGUCGGCCGGUCACAGCCACUUCCUGUCGGCCGGUCAGAGCAGCUUCCUGUCGGCCGGUCAGAGCCACUUACUGUCAGCCGGUCAGAGCCGCUUCCUGUCGGCCGGUUGGACCAGCUUCCUGUGAGGGAUGUCGUUCAUCCCCAGGAGCGCCAGACCCCUACAGGCCAGAAGCAGAAUGCAGCCGAGAGUCAAAAGAGGAAGGAUCGCACCCCGCUCAAACACCCCUCCCACCACCGCCCUGCUCCACCGAAACACAAACCUCAGCCGCCCCAACCACCUCCACCCUCACCACAGUCUGAGACCCCACCCACAACACAGGUCACACCUCUGCCCCACCCUGUUCCCCAGACCCAGCCCACUAGACCUCCGCUGCACAUACAGAGCUCACCCACAAGCCCCUCCCCUCCCCGAUCUCAACCAAAAACAAUCCACUCCAGACACCAACCUCAGUCCAGACAGCCCCCACCUCUCCCACAGACUCAUCAGACCCGCCCCCAGCUUAACCCACAACAAACACAGCCCCGCCCCCAACUCCUGCCCCGCCCCCAGCUACAGCCCCGUCCCCAGGUCAUCCCUCAACAAACACAGCUCCGCCCCCAGCUACAGCCCCGCCCCCAGCUACAGCCACACCCCCAGCCACGCCCACAGCGCCCAGGUGACCAGCAGGCACCGAGCCAGCAGGUGUGUCCGACUGCCAGCCUGACCGCCCCCCGGCCCCGCCCCCUCAGCCUGGCCUCAGGCUGGGAGGGGCGGCGGGAGGGUGUCGGGGUGGAGGGGAGAGCAGAGGCUCCGCCCACGUUGGACACCAGGGAGACGUCAAGCCCGCCUCCAGCAGGAAGCAGCGAGCCCGUGGACUCUCGGACUGCUGUCAGUGAACGGGUCAGCUGAAUGGCUAAGGAUCCCUGAUUGACGUGUUAACGAGUCCGCUGAUUGGCCAGGCUGAGCAGGCUGGGAUUGGUUGUGCUUUGUCUCCGUCUGUACCUGGAGGUCCUGUAGAACUAUAGAACUGGAUCACCAUGGAGACGAGAGGACCACAGAGAUGAGAUCACCACGGGGACGAGAUCACCAUGGAGAUGAUAUCACCACAGAGAUAAGAUGACCACGGAGGGAGGCAAGGGUGACGAUGUGGACUGUGUACAUAACGACAAGGCAGCUGUUUGGAAGGGGUACUAGUUAGAAACCAUGCAUACUGACACCUAGCUUCCACAAUAUAACCCCCUUUUGUACCUUUUUUAAGCUUGUUUAGAUUCUGGUCUCUAUACUCAGCUUCAGCAGAAAGAUGAGUGUGUGUGUGUGUGUGUGUGUGUGUGUUUAUUUGAGUUUGGAAUAGGGUUAGGCAGGGUUGGGGGUAUAGGGUAUGCAAUGGACCAUACGUCAUGUUUGUCAACAUUAAUAGAGAAUCACACGUCUUCAACUGAUAUAGUGUCUGGUUAAUGUCAUCGGACAAUAUCGUGUUUGGCUAUUGUAGCUGUCAAGCUGUAACUAAAGAUAGUUUAGGACACGCUGAAAACAUCUGUACCUUGUUCUGCUGACAGGAUCUGGGAAAGGUUUGAUAGAGCUUGGGGAACCAACGCUAACACCUGGGGCUCCUGAGACUCUGCUCGGUGACAAAGAUUAUCUUUUGGUUGAGGACGUCGGCAAUAAAAGAAAAUGCUGUUACGCUUACAGACGGGGACAUUUGUAGAGUUUGUUCUUUUAAUUUUAGUUUUUCUCAUGAAUUUGGUCACUCUCUUGUGGUAGCUUGUUGUAGCUAAAGUAACUGCAAUUUUCAAGAAAUUCCUAGAUGCUGCAUUUCCACUGGCUUGGAUAUAUCGACUGCACCUGGCCUUGACUUUAAUGCACUGUACAUGCACUCUAUUAUACAGUAGUGUACUCUAAUGUACUGUACUCUAGUGUACUGUACCUGUUCUCUAGGAUACAGUAGUAUACUGUACUCUAGUGUACUCUACCACACUGUACUGUACUCUAGUGUACUGUACUCUAGUAUACUCUACCACACUGUACUUUAGUGUACUAGACUUUAGUAUACUGUACUCUACAACACUGUAUUGUACUCUAGUGUACUGUACUGUACCACACUGUAGUGUACUCUAGUGUUCUGUACCUUUACUGUACUAUAGUGCACUGUAGUGUUUUGGACCAUGAACAAAGUUUCCAUCAUGUAAAACUGAAGUUCCUCUAAAGCAUAGUACUACCGCAAAGUGCAGAGUGUGUCCAACUGAUGGUGGAAAAGCAGCAUCUCUGGGUCUGGGUUGACACAAGACAAUUGUAAUGCUGGCCGAUGCAACAGCAUAUUGCAUUUAAUCUACAAAGGUAACAUUUUGGUUAAUUUUUUGCAAAUGGUGUAUUGAUUGCAACAGGAUAAGCGAUUUAAUGAACAAACAACUCUCAGUGAGUAGAUGCCGAUUUAGGGCUAAACAAAGUGAGUUUUUAGCACCAACGUUGGGCACGCCAUGAGUAGGCUCGGGCGCGAGGGUUUGUGGGCCGACCAGAUUCCGCUUCAUGUUACUGAAAAAAGACAAUCAAGUUUCCUAAUUUUCCCCACAUUGUUGCAGGCCUGCUUGAGUCUGUUGCGGUUCUCAGCUGCAUCUGUCAGGCUGCAGCUCAGUGCUGCCACUCACUCAGUGCUGCCACUCACGUUAUUUUACCUGUAUCCUCUGGAGUCUCACCAGUGGGACCUGGUCUGUCUGGGUAGGAUCCUACGGCCCAUUAGCCUUGUUAGACCAACCCGAUAUUGAAGUUUGCGCUUCGCAAUGACUUUCAGUCUGGCCUUGACUGGGUAGAAAUGGAUUUGGACAAAUGAGCACAGCCUUAAGUUUUUCAAGAAACGACAGCCAAUCGUAAGACAACCAAGAAGAGACGCUCAUACUCUCUCUGCUCUUAGAAGCAAAACCAAAUCCUCUCUGAAAGCCUUCCAUGCUAAUUUCUGUUAAUCUUUUAGCGUUGCUAUUCAGUCUAUUUUGGGGGAAAGAAAAGUAGAUUGCUCCAUCGACUUCUUCUUCCUCCUUUGGUUGCUUGCUGCCAUAUUUUAUUCCGGUAGGCUGCGGCACUUCUUGAUUGGUCAUGACCUGCCUCCCCUGAGCGUUGAUUGGUCCUUUUCCCUUGAGUAUUUCUGGGAUGCCGGAGGCCAGACCGAUGUGCAGGAGCCAACAGAAGGUAGUCUCACAGGGAUGAUGGCUGAUAUACUCAAGCUCAGUCUGACAUGCUUCAGUUCACAUCUUGUGUUUUAUUGGCCAGCUAGUACAUGAUGGCUCACGCAAACAUUGUUGAAGUCCUAUUAAAAACUUCCUCAUUAAAGAACAUGUUGACGGACUGGAUAUGGAAAUGUCAUUCCAUACGGCCCUGGUUCCUGCAGCAUCCCAGAUUCAGAUCUUCAGAGGAUUCUGGUCUUAUUGGGAAAAUCUCUGUCUGUAUAGGACUCUGUUCUAGCUCUGUCUAUAUAGGAAUGAUCUUACUCAGUCUCUAUAGGACUGGAUUCUGAGACAGUUCUAGCAGGGUUCUGAGACAAUUGUAGCUGUGUUCCUAGUCAGGAUCAAGGAGGCUCUGUUUCUUGCUACAGCCUCCAGACUGACCAGUUUAUCCCAGGUAGUGUAUCGUCCUAUCCAUUUAACCCAUAUAGCAAUAGUUUUUUUUUUACUUUCAUGAAUGUCAUUAUAAAUAGAGGUGUGUUUGCAUGGUUUGUACUUUCCUUUAUUUUCUGGAUUAAUUCUACUUGUUUUUUCUGCCCAACAUCAUGACAUCAUGACAAGCCCGUCAGGGUCUCGGGACUUGAAGAACUGUCCUGUUUGCUCUUCUGGUUGGACUUUCACCUCAGAAGCCUGCAUCUUAACGUCUGCAAUGGCUCAGUGGACUGGUUGUUGUUAGCAGCAUACUCAUUCCCCGGGUAACCCUAGAUGUUUGAAUCCUGUUGAAGCACUUUAGUAGAUAUUUCAACGCUUGUUAUCCAGGUCUGGUUAGUUAAGCUUUCGUCCAUCUUAUCAUCUUUUAUGUGAGUCUGCACUUUAUAAAAUGUUUGCAAAAUUGUCAUCGACUGUAUUUAAUCUGAGUAUUGGCCAUAUUUUUCAUCUGUGAAGUUGACAGUAGCUUAACCACAAAUUACUUUUGGACAUGGUUUGGUGUUUGGCCUGUAACGGACAGCCUAGUAAAGCACAUGAUGCGACUCCUGUUUUAUUGGCUAUAUGGAAAACCUCUAAACAAUCCUCACCUGUUGUUCAACUGAUUACAGUAUCAUUAUUAUAUGAGUGUCGUUAUUAAUUACAGUGUCAUCAUCAUA